CCACUUAUGACUCUGGUUGUCAAAUAACUUUAAAAGCUGCCAGAAAGGCAGCCUCAUUGACAGGAAAUUAGAAUUUAAAAAUGUGAAACCCACAAUGAAAAGUGUCAUAACUCAGUGUUUAUUCUGUGGAUUCCUGGCCAUCGGGCUCUGGGCAUCUAUGUUACUUUUGGUUUUGCACCUUGAACAAGAAGACAUGCUGGAGAAUGAAAAGGAGGAACUCCUAAAGAAGAAGUCACUCGGAAGAAACGCGCACCAGCAAACCCAUCACUCAGAGGGCUUCACUCAUGAUAAGGUUAACGUUUCAGAUCCAGAACUUAUCCAAGGAUUGAGGCGAUAUGGAUUAAAUGCCAUCAUGAGUAGAAGACUGGGCAUCGAGAGAGAGGUGCCAGAUUCCAGGGAUAAAAUAUGCCAGCAGAAACACUACCCAUUCAAGCUACCCACUGCCAGCAUCAUCAUAUGCUUCUAUAAUGAAGAAUUUAACACCUUGCUCCGAGCAGUGUCGAGUGUGAUGAACCUCAGUCCGCAGCAUCUCCUGGAGGAGAUCAUUCUGGUGGAUGACAUGAGUGAAUUUGAUGAUUUGAAGGACAAACUGGACUAUUAUCUGGAAAUUUUUCGUGGAAAAGUUAAAUUAAUAAGAAACAAAAAGAGAGAGGGUUUUAUCAGAUCAAAGAUGAUUGGUGCCUCCCGGGCUUCAGGGGACAUCCUGGUGUUCUUGGAGAGUCACUGUGAGGUGAAUAGAGUCUGGCUAGAACCCUUGCUGCAUGCCAUUGCUAAGGAUCAUAAAAUGGUGGUAUGCCCUAUUAUCGAUGUCAUCAAUGAAUUAACCUUGGAUUAUAUGGUGGCACCUAUUGUAAGGGGAGCUUUCGACUGGAAUCUGAAUAUCAGAUGGGACAAUGUUUUCUCAUAUGAGUUGGACGGCCCAGAAGGACCAAGUACACCUAUCCGGUCACCUGCAAUGACAGGAGGAAUUUUUGCUAUACACAGACAUUAUUUUAAUGAACUUGGACAAUAUGACAAGGGCAUGGAUAUUUGUGGAGGAGAAAAUGUGGAACUUUCGCUAAGAAUCUGGAUGUGUGGAGGCCAGCUCUUCAUACUCCCUUGCUCUCGGGUUGGAUGUAACAGUAAGGCCCUGAGUCAACACAGGCUUGCAAACCAGAGUGCCUUGUCAAGGAAUUUACUGCGAGUGGUUCACGUCUGGCUAGAUGAAUACAAGAUUGACCCCCACCUCCAUAGUUUCCAUAAUCUGGCAAUUGCACCACCAGCAGGCACCAAGCUCCACCUAAGCCCGAGUGGGGCAUUUCAAGUCAAAGUCAGUCAUCACUGCCAGUUAAUGCAGGAGGGAAGUCUCCUGGGUUAA